AUGGAUUUUAGUCAUUUAGCUUUUGAAUUUCAAUGGGAACAAUGUUUUUCUUUAAUAGACAAAUGGAAAACAACAAUGAUAGAUCAUAUAAUAAAUAUUCAUCAAGAAAAAUCAUCAGAAAUUCAAAUAUAUAAAGAACAAGCAGAAAAAAAUUUUUUUCAUGAAAAAAAAAAUUUUAUUUUAAAUAUGAAUGAAUAUUUUCAACAUACAUGUAUUCGUUCAUAUGAAAUAAAUUUAUUUAAAAAUAAAUUAAAUCAACUUAAAAAAAAUAUUAUACAACGACCAUUACCAUUACAUAUUGAAAUAGAAUCAUAUUCAUUAAAUAAAUUAAUAAAUAUAUAUCAAUUAUUUAAUAAACAAUUAUUUGAUCAAAGAAAAAUUUUAGCAGAAUAUAAAAUACCUACACAAACAAUUUAUUUAAUGUCAACAUCAAAUAAUCAAAUAAUAAUUGUUAAUAAUCAAUUAAAAAUUUUUUUAUAUGAUAAAUUAAUUGGAUUUAUUGAUGAAAUAAAUAUGUUAGAUUAUACAAAUGAAUAUUUAAAUGAUAUAUGUUGGUCAAUAAAUUAUAAAAAUUUUCUUUUUCUAUGUGAUUAUUCAUUAUGGUCAUUAGAAAAUUUAUGUUUAAAAAAAUUAGCACAUAUUUCAAAUAAAAAACAUUUUUUAAAUAAUUUAACAUCUUUUCAUAAUUAUGUUUUUUUUAUUUAUGAUCGUGGUGAAUAUAUUGAUCGAUGGAUAAUACAACCUGAAUGGAAAUUAGAUAAACGUUGGAUUAAAUAUAAUAAUAAUGAUAUAUUAUUAUCAAUUAAUUCAAAUAAUGAUUAUUUACUUAUUUAUACAAAUAAAUUAAUUCAAUUAUGUUCAGAUGAUUUAAUUAUACAAUAUACAAUUGAUUUAUCAAAUCAAGAACAUUUAUAUUCAAAUUUUAUAUUUUUAUCUUCAUAUAAAAUAUGGUUAACUGUUGAUAAAGAAACACAAUUAUUAAAAUAUUUUCAUUUAAAUAAUCGAAUAAUACAAACACUUGAUCAAAUAUAUGUUAGAACAAUUAGUUCAAUGGGAAAUAAUGAAUUAGCACUUGUUACAAAAGAUGAUUAUCAUUUACAAAUACUUUCAAUUUGA